UCUUAUUACCCACAGUUCAGUUUCACUCACUGAUCAUCGAUACUGGUGUCAACCGUCAUCUAACAACAUCAUGACCCCUCCGACACCAAGACUGUUUAUUAUUCGACAUGGUGAAACAGAAUGGUCCUUGAAUGGACGGCAUACUGGAACAAGCGACAUUCCUCUGACAGUCCGUGGAGAGGAACAAAUCAAGUCCAAAGCACAUGUCUUGGUCGGCGAAGGCAAACCCAUCGAUCCACAGAAUCUCUGUGUCGCCCUCGUAUCUCCCCGUCAGCGAGCACACAGAACGUUCCACUUGUUAUUCGAGCAUUUGUCCAAGGUCCCGGAUCACAUCAUUGAUGAGUCCGUUAGAGAAUGGGACUAUGGGAAGUAUGAAGGCUUGUUUAAGCAUGAAAUUCUUGCGAUAGACCCUAAAUGGGAGAUUUGGAGAGAUGGCUGUCCCGGAGGCGAGAGUGCUCAGGAGAUGCGCGAUCGCGUUGAUUGUGUGAUCGCCAAGGUUCGUGAGUACCACAGACAAUAUUUUGAAGAAGGCAAGGGAACACGCGACGUGCUAAUUAUUGCUCACGGCCACUUCAAUCGUGUCCUCAUUUCCCGAUGGAUAAAGUUUGAACUCGCUUUAGGAACUCGAUUCAAUGUGGAACCUGGAGGAGUCUCUGUCCUGAGCUAUAAUCAUAAUUCCCUCGAUGAACCAGCCUUGAACGCUUUGAAUUUGUAUGCUGACCUCAAAUAAUUUUUGUUGUAUACUCUAGAUGUAGACCUUCAGACCUUGUUGCAGGCUGUGAAAUAUGUGAAUUUGUGUCCCCUA